CGGUCCCCGGCGAUGUUCACUGCGCUUGCGCUGACAGACGCAAGAUGGCGGACAGUGCGGAACUAAAGCAAAUGGUUAUGAGCCUUAGAGUUUCUGAACUCCAAGUACUGUUGGGCUACGCUGGGAGAAACAAGCACGGACGCAAACACGAACUUCUCACAAAAGCCCUGCAUUUGCUAAAGGCUGGCUGCAGUCCUGCUGUACAAAUGAAAAUUAAAGAACUCUAUAGGCGGAGGUUCCCCCAGAAAAUCAUGACGCCUGCGGACUUGUCCAUCCCCAACGUACAUUCAAGUCCUAUGCCAGCAACUUUGUCUCCAUCUACCAUUCCACAACUCACUUAUGAUGGUCACCCUGCAUCAUCACCGUUACUCCCUGUUUCUCUUCUGGGACCUAAACAUGAACUGGAACUCCCACAUCUUACAUCAGCUCUUCACCCAGUCCAUCCGGAUAUAAAACUUCAAAAAUUACCAUUUUACGAUUUACUGGAUGAACUGAUAAAACCCACCAGUCUAGCAUCAGACAACAGUCAGCGCUUUCGAGAAACCUGUUUUGCAUUUGCAUUGACACCACAACAAGUGCAGCAAAUCAGUAGUUCCAUGGAUAUUUCUGGGACCAAAUGUGACUUCACAGUGCAGGUCCAGUUAAGGUUUUGUUUAUCAGAAACCAGUUGUCCACAAGAAGAUCACUUCCCACCCAAUCUUUGUGUGAAAGUGAAUACAAAACCUUGCAGCCUUCCAGGUUAUCUUCCACCUACUAAAAAUGGUGUGGAACCAAAGCGACCCAGCCGACCAAUUAAUAUCACCUCACUUGUCCGAUUGUCCACAACUGUACCAAACACCAUUGUUGUUUCAUGGACUGCAGAAAUUGGAAGAAACUAUUCCAUGGCAGUAUAUCUUGUAAAACAGUUGUCCUCAACAGUUCUUCUUCAGAGGUUACGAGCAAAGGGAAUAAGGAAUCCGGAUCAUUCUAGAGCUUUAAUUAAAGAGAAAUUGACUGCGGAUCCAGACAGUGAAAUAGCUACAACCAGCCUGAGGGUUUCUCUACUAUGUCCACUUGGUAAAAUGCGGCUGACAAUUCCAUGUCGGGCCCUUACGUGUUCUCAUCUGCAGUGUUUUGAUGCAACUCUUUAUAUUCAGAUGAAUGAGAAAAAACCAACUUGGGUUUGUCCUGUCUGUGAUAAGAAGGCUCCGUAUGAACACCUUAUUAUUGAUGGCUUGUUUAUGGAAAUCCUGAAGUACUGUACAGAUUGUGAUGAAAUACAGUUUAAGGAGGAUGGCUCUUGGGCACCUAUGAGAUCAAAAAAGGAAAUACAGGAAGUUUCUGCCUCUUACAAUGGAGUUGAUGGAUGCUUGAGCUCCACAUUAGAGCACCAAGUGGCUUCUCAUCACCAGUCCUCAAAUAAAAGUAAGAAAGUAGAGGUGAUUGACCUAACCAUAGACAGUUCAUCUGAUGAAGAGGAGGAAGAGCCAUCUGCCAAGAGAACCUGCCCUUCUCUCUCUCCCACAUCACCACUAAGUAAUAAAGGCAUAUUAAGUCUUCCACAUCAAGCAUCUCCAGUGUCCCGCACCCCAAGCCUCCCUGCUGUAGACACAAGCUAUAUUAACACAUCCCUCAUCCAAGACUACAGACAUCCUUUCCACAUGACACCCAUGCCUUAUGACUUGCAAGGAUUAGAUUUCUUUCCUUUCUUAUCAGGAGACAAUCAGCAUUAUAACACCUCCCUGCUUGCCGCUGCAGCAGCAGCGGUUUCAGAUGAUCAAGACCUCUUACACUCGUCUCGGUUUUUUCCAUAUACCUCCUCACAGAUGUUUCUUGAUCAGUUAAGUGCAGGAGGCAGUACUUCUCUGCCAACCACCAAUGGAAGCAGCAGUGGCAGUAACAGCAGCCUCGUAUCCUCCAACAGCCUAAGGGAGAGCCAUAGCCACACCGUCGCAAAUAGGAGCAGCACAGACACAGCAUCCAUCUUCGGCAUCAUACCAGACAUUAUCUCAUUGGACUGAUUCCCUUGCCCCUGCUGCUUCCAUCCCUACCCCAGAUUAAAUGGACUUGGUAGAAAGAAGAGAACUUUGUGCUAUGUUUUACCUUAUUCUGUUUAGAAAAGUACACAAGCGUGUUUUUUUUCCUUUUUUUUAGGGAAAAAAUUAAAAGAAAUGUACAGAGAACAAAACUAUAUUUUCAGUUUUACUUUUGUAUAUAAAUCUAAGACUGCCUGUCUGAAAAAACACUUGUAAAAAACAAAAAAAAGGAAAGAAAAGAAAAAAAAAAGAAAAAAAACAAGUACCCAUAAACCACCUUCAGUUCAUUCUUUCUGGAUUCUGAAGAUUUUUUUUUUCAUCAUUUGUCCUAUUUGGUUUUAUUUUACUUCAAUGGCAUUAUUUUAUUUGCAAUAACAGAAAAGGAAUUGCAUGUAUGAAGUUUUAAAUUGUGGGCUUUUCUUUGUUGUGGGGAGGGGCUGGGGGGGAUAGUUUUAAUUUCCAUUUUCUAAAAAUGACAGACUUGGAUUCUGUUUGUGUGUGUGCAUAUUUUAUCCAGCCUUAAGUUAUAAAUUUCAUCUGUUCCUCUGCAUUCCCUAUGUAUUUUCAGGACAUAGCUUGUGGGUGUGUGUGUGUCUGUGUGUAUUUUUGUGUCGUUACUGUUCCUUCUCCCGAGUUUGCAUUCAGUUGAUAAAUCAGUUGCCUGCUUCUUUCAGAGUGCUUUGAAGGUCUUGAACUCUCAUAUGAGCAUCUUUAUCGACUAUCCCAAUUGCAUGUUCUCCAUCACAUAUUGUCUCUUAUUUGCUAGAUACCCCUGAGCAUAUGUUUCAGAGAUUGGAGUAGAGCUAUCUGGGUAAGGAGUAGGCUUAGCCGACCUGUGAAUAAUACACUUUAGUCUAGUUCUUUAUUUUAAAUUUGGAUUGCCAGUAUUAUGUAUUUAAACCAAGUCUGUGAUCACCUGCUUUUUUGGCCACAGGGUAACAAGUUUUCAUGUAAGAUCUUCAUACCAAAGUAGGAAGUCAAAAUAGCUUAGAAAGCCCUGUUGGAUGUCUUGUGCAGCUGACAGAGGUAAGGCUACAUCACCUCAAAAAAGAAAGACAGUCAGUUAUCCUUAAAAGUAAAUUCUCUUCGGAAAAUACAAUGCACCACACAUGUCAGUCUGUAGAAAUCUAUCAUCUGAUAAACAGUUGAAAUUCAAAAUGGGCUUGAUCCUUAGUCAUUUUCACUCUCUGGUUCUGAGUGUACUUAUUUUUUUAGCCUAGUUGUUUGUUUUAUAUUUUUCUUCACCUUUUAAAGACAAGCAUGACAUAGGAAAGCCAAAUCUUUUUAAGAAUUCAUGGAUCAGUCUGAUCUACUCUUAUUAAUAAUGGAAAUGUAAAUAUAUUGAAAACUGUUUUUCAGGAAAUGAGUGAGGGUUGGAGGGAAGGAAAAAGUGGUUCUACUUGUGUUCCAAAAUCCUCGUCAGAGAAGGUCCGUUUUUCAGGUGAUAUCUGAAGGUGUUGUUUAUCUGAUUGAAAGGUUUAAGCAGGUUUAACAGAAAAGAUAAAGAAGGGGCAUAACGAUUACCAAUUUUCCAGACUGUAUUUUUUUUUUUUUUUUUUUUUUUUUGCGGUACGCGGGCCUCUCACUGUUGUGGCCUCUCCCGUUGCGGAGCACAGGCUCCGGACGCGCAGGCUCAGCGGCCAUGGCUCACGGGCCCAGCUGCUCCGCGGCAUGUGGGAUCUUCCCGGACCGGGGCACGAACCCAUGUCCCCUGCAUCGGCAGGCGGACUCUCAACCACUGCGCCACCAGGGAAGCCCCAGACUGGAUUUUUAUAUCACAACUGUUAAUGUUCUCAGAGUUGAUGAAGGACCACCUUUGUGUAUAAAAUUGUCAUUUUAAACCUUGCAGUGGUGACAAAUUGACCCACUUUAAUCCAGUUAGAGUUCAAGAUGGCUGUAUCUUCUGUUGUCUGAUGAAAUUAAUGGUUCACAUGACUGUGUGGCAUCUAAACAUACCUGUUUUUACAGUAUCUCUCUGCCACCAAAUUGUUGACUUGAAUUUUGAAAAACAAGUUGGUAUUGAUAUGUAUAUGUGUGUGUGUAUAUAUGUAUUUAUAGACAAGUGUGUGUGAGUGACAACUGAGUUAUAUAGUCUUCCCUACGCAUGUGUAUUCCACACAUACAUGGCUGAGUUAUAGUCACUAAACAAUUUGCAAUAAAAAAAAUUCAUUGUCAGUUAAAACAGGAAAUAGUUAAGUUUUUUAAUGAAUCUGGUGUUAUGUGAGUACACACUUUAGAACUCUCAUUGCCAUGUUAACUUAGGCUAAUAUCUAAUAGUAUUAUAAUUUGUGUCUAAAUUCAGAUUGGGAUAGAAAUUACUUAAAUUGUAGGGAGUUGCUUCUUAUUUCACAUUGUUAUAGGAAACGUUUCUGUUAAUUCAGCUACCUAAGAUAAAAUGAAUAGUUUUGUUUUUCUUUAUUUGUUGUUGUUAGUGGUCUCAGAAUUCUGAUCAAUAACUUUGUGUAUGAUGCUGAAUAACAAACUCUUUGAAUGAUCCAGUUGAAAAACCGUCCCUCUACUUUCUUCAGCCCAGUUUUGGAGAGGGUUAUUUUCCCUCAGGGUCCUGCGUUACACCAACCGAAGGGAAGAACAGGUAACAGGGAGAAAUAAAUGUCUGUCUAGUAGCUUUGGUCGUGUCUCCACGGGAGAAACUAACCAUUCAGUUUGUCUUUUUAUUUUAGUUCAUUCCACUCUUAAGGAGUUUGUUCCCUUCAGUUGUUAACUUCCUAAAAUGUUGCAGUAGUAGUAGCUAUUACUCUGUUGGUCUCAUGGCCGCUAUUAGUCAAUCAGACUUUUUAUGACCCAUAGUAAUUAUUAGUGGAGUCAUGCACUGCAUCUUUAUCUUCUAAGUUUUUGUUUGUUUGUUUUUAAAGCACAGUUAUUUCUUUUUUCCCUAGCCCACCGUCACUCCUCCACCCAUGCUAAUAUUGACAUGCUGUGGUCAAAUAAUGACUCUCAGAAUCUUUAGUCAAGUUAGCACCACCCCCUUGCCUUGGUCACUCAUAAUAGGUGCGCAUAUGUUUGUAUGUCUGUAUAGUACUGUGGGUGGGGGUGUGUGUGUAUAUGCACACACACACAUCUUUAGUAUAAUAGCUGUUUGACUAGCAGGGUUGAAGUGGCUUUUAAUUAUUUUGUGGGCAUUAUUGAACACGUUUUUAAAAGUAUCUGGACCUUAACCAUGCCACGCUUGGUUGACUAAUUUAUUUUGAGCAUUAAAAAUUUUCUACUUCUAUUAAUGUAGACAUUAUCACAAUUCUCUAUUAUUACUGACUUAGAAAAGAUACACUUAAGCUUCUGAGAAAUGUGAUUUCUUGGCAGAUUUUCCUUUGAGUCAAAUGUCUGAAACUGAAUGAAAAUACAUCCCAAUUUUAAAUUACUAAUUGUGGAAAGAAUAUUGUUUUUAAACAGCUGCAAUUUUAAACACAUAAAACACUUCAAGAUCUUUAGGACUUUAAAGCACAUUUGAAAUUAUUUUAGUAAGAGUUUUGUUUUAUCAAUACAUGUUGAAUUCUGUUUUUUUAAUUAAAAGAAAACACAAAGCUUAGAUUUCAGAAAGAGGGAGGGAGAAUAGCUGGUGGUCCCAGAGUGUGCUGCUGUUAAUUGUUUAAUUAACAAAGGGGAAAAAUGUAUAUAAACAGAUAUAAAAGUUACCAUAAAUUCCAUGAACUUAAAUCUGUGAUUCAUUGCCUUAAAACUUUCUCUCUUAGAAUUUCCAUACCGCAUGCCAAACCAGUAAAAUGGCUUUUAAAAAUGUAUAGUAGACCAAUGUCAGUUUGUAUAAAAGUACCAAGUGAAAAUAUUUAUUACAUGCAUUGGAAAAAAAAUUGUUUACCUAUUGAAUGUUACCUGUUUAUGUAGAGCUCUUUAGAUGUAAUAAAAGAAAAGCCUUCA